AAACAUUCGCACAUUAUUGUAUCGUAUCUCUACAAACUCCAGUGGGCCGUAGAUCCGAGAAGUUUGGGAAAAAACCCUAACUUCUCUUAUUACUCACAACUGCAGCAUCUCUUCUCUUCCUCUACAUCUUCAGUCAUGGCGGGUGCAGCUCCUGAAGGAUCACAGUUUGAUGCUCGUCAGUAUGAUUCGAAAAUGACAGAAUUGCUAAAUGCUGAAGGGCAAGAUUUCUUUACCUCAUACGAUGAGGUCUAUGAUAGUUUUGAUGCCAUGGGAUUGAAGGAGAACCUCCUCAGGGGCAUUUAUGCAUACGGUUUUGAGAAACCCUCAGCAAUUCAACAAAGAGGAAUUGUACCUUUCUGCAAAGGUCUUGAUGUGAUUCAACAGGCUCAGUCUGGAACUGGAAAGACUGCUACUUUUUGCUCUGGAAUUCUGCAACAACUAGACUAUGAACUACUAGACUGUCAAGCUUUG